AUGUCACAAAGAGAUAAACCAUUUAAAUUAGAAAUUGAUCAGAUUUUAGAAAAAUGGAUUGUUGUUAAGAAACUUGGUGAAGGUGGUUUUGGAGCUGUUUAUAAAGUAACAGAUGGAAAAAAUUUUUAUGCGUUAAAACUUGAAAAUUUAAGUGAUAACAAUCAAGUAUUAAAAAUGGAAGUUUAUGUGUUAAUGGCACUAAAAAAUGAAAACAUUAGUGAUCAUCAUUUUUGUACUAUUUUUGAUAAAGGUAGAUAUUCACAAUUUAGUUAUAUUGUAAUUACACUUGUUGGUGAAUCGUUACAAGAUUUAAGAAAAUCUCAGCCUGAACAACACUAUUCUUUAGGAUGUGCUAUUUCUGUUGGAAUACAAACAUUAGAGGCUAUAGAAUGUUUACAUUCUAUUGGAUACCUUCAUAGAGAUAUUAAACCAGCUAAUUUUACCGUUGGUAGAUCUGAAGCUAAUGAAUUAAGACGUGUUUAUAUGUUAGAUUUUGGUAUGUGUAGAAAAUUUGUUAUGAAUGAUAAUAAUAAUAUGCAUAGAAAACCAAGAGCUUAUGCUGGAUUUAGAGGUACAAUACGUUAUGCACCAUUUAAUUGUCACAUUACAAGAGAUUUGGGACGCAAAGAUGAUUUAGAAACAUGGAUGUAUAUGACAAUAGAGUUGACAACGGGAUCUUUACCUUGGAAAGGAAUGGAUUCAAUGAAAGAAGUUGGUGAAUAUAAACGUAUUUGUCGAUAUCAACCAUUUAUGAAUGAAUUAUUUGGUGGAUGUCCAAGACAGUAUGUUAUAAUUUUUCAAUAUAUACUAUCAUUAGGAUUUUACGAUGCACCUGAUUAUCCUAAAAUUUUUGAUUUAAUGAGAAAUUCAUUAAUAACAUGUUGUGUUAAUGAAUAUCCUUAUGAUUGGGAGACAGAGAUAAAAAAAAAUAAAAAUGCUAUCAUAUAA